UAAAAAUAUAUCCAUGCUUAUAUAACUACUGGGUGAUGAUGAUACUGUGAGUUAACGAAACAAGUACACAUACAAAGAAUCACUAUAUACAGUGUAAUAAGAUAUCUCGAUAUGUUGACCGUGUUCUCAGUUCUUCUUCUCUUCUUUACCAUCAUCACGAGCUUCUUCGCAAUUUCAACAACAUAUGUUUCAUCUGCUCUCCAUCCAGAUGAGUUGAAAGCUCUAGAGAAGAUAGCUACUACACUUGGAGCCAAGGGACUGAACCUAAGUUAUGGAGACCCUUGCAGUUUACGAACCCUAAAGAUAACGCAGGACACUGAGAAUUCGGAGGAAAUUUUAGCAAAAAAAGCAAACAAUUCGGAGAAAAGAAACAACACCAUUUAUUGUGAUUGUUUCAACAACACCUGUCAUAUAACAAACAUAGUUCUCAAGACCCUUAGCCUUCCAGGAAAACUCCCACCUGAGUUUGCGAAGCUUCCAUAUCUCCAAUCGAUCGAAUUAUGCCGGAAUUCUCUUUCGGGAACAAUCCCAAUGGAGUGGGCUUUAUUGCCAAACCUCACUUCCAUCUCGCUCUGCGCCAACAAUUUGUCUGGGCCUUUACCAACUGGGUUGCAACACUUCAAGAAUCUGAAACUCCUAUCGCUUGAAGCAAACCGGUUCUCUGGCACCAUUCCUGAUGAGCUUGGUAACUUGACCAGCCUAGAAACAUUGCAACUUGGGUCCAAUCAGUUUACAGGAAGCCUUCCUACCACUCUUGCUAGACUGGUAAACCUUAAGGAUUUUAGGGUAAGUGACAAUAACUUUAAUGGCCCUAUCCCAGCGUUUAUUGGCAACUGGUCUCGGCUUAAAAAGCUAUAUCUAUACGCAAGUGGACUGAGAGGACCCAUUCCUGAUGAAAUGGCCCGCCUAGAAAAUCUUACCAACCUGAUUAUCAGUGAUACGACUGGGAUUAACGUCUUCCCAAAUAUAUCCAGCAAAGCCAUCAAAACCCUGACUUUGAGGAAUGUGAGUUUGUCUGGUUCGGUUCCUUCUUUCAUCUGGAAUUUGGAAGAACUAAAGACUCUUGAUUUAUCGUUUAACAAGUUGACUCUGUUGACUGGUGAAGUACGUGGAGGAUCCAAACUAAAAUAUAUCUAUUUGACUGGAAAUAGGCUCUCUGGAGACGUUGAAUCUGGUGGUUUUCUCAAUAGAAAAUCUAAUAUUGAUCUCUCUUACAACAAUUUCACAUGGUCGUCUAGCUGCCAGGAAAAGAGUAACAUUAACACAUACCGGAGUUCAUACUGGAUGAACAAUUUAACUGGGCUUCUUCCAUGUGGUGGUCCAAGUAACUGCACAAGAUAUCAGAAAGCACUACAUAUAAAUUGUGGUGGAGAGAGCGUAGUUGUUACAAACUCUUCAUAUAAAAUCACGUAUGAAGCUGAUAACACCGAAACCACAGCCGCAACAAAUCAUCACUCCAAAAACUGGGGAAUCAGUAACACAGGUGAAUUCCCAGAUGAUGAUACGGAGAAAGAUAUCUACUUCAUUACACCUAGUUCGACACUAUCUCGAGAUUCUUCUGAUGUGUAUAAGACCGCACGCCGAUCUGCUCUGUCUCUUGUUUAUUAUGCGUUUUGCUUGGAAAAUGGAGCCUACAAUGUAAAACUCAAUUUUAUGGAGAUCCAGUUUUCAGACCAAGAACCAUACAGUGGUCUGGGCAGACGCAUAUUUGAUGUCUAUGUUCAGGGAAAACUGUUCUUGAGUGAUUUUAACAUCAAAGAGGAGGCUAACGGGACUCUGAAGCCUGUUGUGAAAGAAUUGAAAGCUGUUAAUGUGAGCGAUCAUGUGUUAGAGAUUCGGUUGUACUGGGCGGGGAAAGGGACAACACUCAUUCCCAGCAGAGGAAACUAUGGUCCUCUUAUCUCUGCAAUCUCCUUGUGUCACAGCAGUUUGGAGCCACUGUGUGGAGCGGAGAAAAUAAAACAUCACACUAACUAUCCGCUAAUUGUCGGGGUAACGGGUGCCUUGGUAGCAAUUACCCUAUUGGCUUUGGGAUUAUAUGCUCGGAGAAGAUGCAGAAGAGACAAGAACACGAGAGAAAGAGAUCUGAGAGCUCAGGGUCUGCAAACCGUUUGCUUUACCUGGAGGCAGCUGCAAACUGCAACAAACGAUUUUGAUCAAGCCAACAAGCUGGGAGAAGGAGGUUUCGGAUCCGUAUUCAAAGUAUGCCAAAAAGGACACCUGAGAAAAUAUGGCUGUUUCUUGGUUUCUGAUAUGAGAAACAUAAUGCAGGGAGAGCUGUCGGAUGGAACGAUCAUAGCAGUGAAGCAGCUUUCUUCCAAGUCAUGCCAAGGAAACAGGGAGUUUGUGAAUGAGAUAGGAAUGAUCUCUGGUCUCAAUCAUCCGAACCUUGUCAAGCUUCAUGGAUGCUGUGUCGAGAAGAGUCAGCUUCUGCUCGUCUAUGAGUACAUGGAAAAUAAUUCCCUUGCACUUGCGCUGCAUGGUAAUAUCUCCGCGAUAUUGGACUGGGCAGCUAGACAAAAAAUCUGCGUGGGAAUCGCAAGAGGGCUUGAAUUCCUCCACGAAGGAUCGACGAUGAGGAUGAUUCACCGUGACAUAAAAACCACAAAUGUGCUUCUAGACGCUGACCUUAAUGCAAAGAUAUCUGACUUUGGUUUGGCUAGGCUCCAUGAAGAAGAACACACUCACAUUAGCACCAAAAUUGCAGGAACCAUCGGAUAUAUGGCUCCAGAAUAUGCAUUAUGGGGUCACCUGACAGAGAAAGCAGACGUGUACAGCUUUGGCGUUGUGGCAAUGGAAAUUGUUAGCGGAAAGAGUAACACUAAACAGAAGGGAAGUCUUGAUCACGUCUCCCUUAUCAAUUGGGCCUUGACGCUGCAGCAGACAGGGGACAUAAUGGAGAUCGUAGAUCCAAUGCUCGAAGGUGAUUUUAACAGCAAAGAAGCAGUAAGGAUGAUCAAAGUUGCUCUCCUUUCCACACAUUCUUCUCCUUCCUUAAGGCCAACAAUGUCAGAGGCUGUGCAAAUGCUCGAGGGAGAGAUCGAGAUAACACAGGUUAUACCAGACCCUGGUUUAUGUGUACACAACUUGAGCAUCUCAAAGCUGAGGGACAUUGAUACAAAUGGUAGCUCGAGCACGUCUGGUGUGACCGAUCAAACAACAACAACAAUCAAAUCCUCUGUUUCUGGUUGUGAUAUCUACCCAUUAUACCCUGAAUCCAUGAUCCUAAACUCCACAGCAGAGUUUUCUUCUGCGUCGGUGUAAUAUCAAAAGCUGUACGCAUUGCCUUACCACUUGAAAGAGAAGAAAGGCUUGUGAAGUUAUCUUAUUUAGCUACUACUUAGACGUAUCAUUAAAGUUUUCUUAAACCUUACUACUAUCCCAGUUUACAUAGAUCCAAAAACGCUGGUGUCUCUAUGAAUGUUUGUCAAACUCAGUGAUAUCUAUUUAUGAAAGAUUUCACAUUAAG